CUUACUCUGUUGACCAGGCUGGUCUCCAACUUCUGGCCUCUAGCAGUCCUCCUGCCUGGGCCUCAGUACCCAGUUACCAGUUUAUUCUUUAAGAUUCCCUGGGAAAUAGUUAAAUGAAGAUAAUAUCUUAGGCAGACAGAACAUGAAAAUGCCUUCCUCUCUUCGGUCCAGGUUGAUGGAUUCCAGACAGUCUUCCCCCCUCUCUAAUUCGCUUUCCCCAAAUGGAUAUGAGGGCAAAUCACAGGGCUUAUAAGUCAUUUUCUAGGGUUAGAGGACCUUUGUAGAUUUGUGCUUGAAAGGAUUGGAUUUUUUGCAUUGGAAACCUAUAACUUAUUAUUCAGUUAGGAGAAUCUUUAAAUAGAAAAGUGAAAAAGUGCCUCCUUAUAUACAUUUAGCAGUAGGAAGAGGCCCCUUAAAGUAUUCUGGGAGGGGGAAAAAAGGAAUGGAGAUAAGGGGGGGAGGAAGGAAGUGGGGUAGGGAGGAAAAUAAAAAUUAAAGAACCCUCAUGAAUCCCAGAUUGAUUUUAUGACCUGUUUUGAAAGGAGCUCUAGUAACUUAUGUUGUUUGUGUUUAGAGUGUCCUUCUGCAGACCCAAAGUUGUAGGCAAAUACCUGCUUUCGUAAUCAGAUCAUCCAGCAGGUUUACUGUGAAGCUACUGAAGCUUAAACUUCAGGGUUCUUUCCUUGUAUUGGUACCUCCCAAAGCCUUGGUAGGGGCUCUAGAAAUGUGUUCCCCACUCAGACGCAUAAGCUCCAAAGUAAACAAACCCAGAUACAGCCCUGGAUCUCAGAAAUCAAAUUCUCAAGGGAAUGAUGUGCCAGAACCAUCUCUUGAUAAGUCCCAGAUUUCCCAAUAGUACAGCUUGCCUUUGUUUCUUUUUAAUUUCUUCUUGUAAUUUGCACAUAUUUAACCCACUUUGUAUUUCAUUUGUGCAGAUGAAAUUAUGCAGCAGGAAGUCAGGCCCUUGAUGGCGGUGGAGAUAAUAGAACAACUUCACAGACAAUUUGCCAUUCUUUCAGGAGCACAUUUCUUUGUGGUUGUAAAUAACAGAGCUGAAAAGACUUUGAGGAAAGAAAAAGAGAUAACUACUGACAUCAGCUGCCACCAUGAUGUUCUUCCAAUGUUCCUGUUGGAUGUUCUUCCAAGAUUCCUCCUUAAAAAGGUGGCUGCUGCAAUUCCAGACAUCAGGUCAGUGUCCAAAGCAGGAAGAAGGAGAAGGAAAAUGCUGGCUUCUUCAGUUCCGUUUGUAGAAACUCUUGGCUGCCUUCUGCUUAUGUCUUAUUCCAGAAUUAUGUCACACAGUCAUUCCCUGGCAGCAAGAGAAUCUCAGAAGGAGGCCGAGGGGAGGAUGGCGCCCCCAUCAUCACGUUCCCAGAGUUUUCGGGGUUCAAACACAUCCCAGAUGAAGACUUCCUGAAUGUCAUGACCUACCUGACUAGCAUCCCCAGGUGAGCUGAGUACAGUCUCCUGCCGCCUUAGGCACUGGCUUUAUUCCACCCUUCCCAUGUGGCAGGGCUGGGUUGAGACAUAUACUUCCAUGAGCACAGUUUACCCUGGUAUGCAUAAUAACCCAGCUGGCUUCUGUCACCCAUCAGUCACGAACAAGGAAUGUGGACAGGGACUGGAAAACAAUGACAAACAAUUCUCAGUUUUGACUCUGUUUGCACACCGGAGGGACAGAGUAAACAGUGUCGAGUGGAUGGAAAACUGAUUGAGCAGCUGUGUUACCUUUGUUCCUUAGGCUAUUACUUUAUUUUUAUUUUUUAUUUUUGAGAUGGAGUCUUGCUUUGUUGCCCAGGCUGGAGUGCAGUGGCA